AUGGAUAAUGAAAAAUUCUGCAAUAAAAUAUCAGUGCCAACUCAAGCAUAUCAAAUGCAAAGCCUUGAUUCUAGCAAUAAAUUAUCUACAAUUACACUACCAAACCCUUUGGGGUCUUCUAAGUAUCAAGCUUUGAAAAAUUGGUACCAAGAAAACAGAAAAAACCAGACUAUAUCUUUGAUGCUCAAUAGAAUAACAAAGAAUAACAAAAUCUCUUCAGAAUUUUAUAGUAGACCUCUUUUAAUGCUAUUAGAAGAAAUUUGCGACUCAUUAAUGAUGGAGGAGCUUGAGAUUUCUCUAUGGGCAAUAUAUCUAGAUAAUAUUAUAUGAGGAAAAAACGCUUCAUAUUUCGAAAAUGGGAUAUGGUUCGCAUCUUAUGCAGCCAAAUCUUCAUUAAGUAAUGAUAUAGAGAUAUAUGAAAAGAUUAUUGUAGAAAAAAUCCCAAAUUUUCACAGAUUUUAUGAUGAGUGGUAUUCACAGCAUAGAAGUGACUUGUCAGUAAAUUCUAUGAAUAUUAAUCAAAAAUAUAAUAAGCUCUCAAGAAUUGCUAAAUACUACCAAUUCACUGUGCUAAAUUAUAUACUAGUUUAUGGUGAAUGGCCAAUCAGAAGGAUUUUUGUCAGCCAGAUGCUAGCUGGCUUGCCAAAUUAUUUGGAAAACUAAAAUUAAAUUUUCUAACCAAAAUAUGUGCCUUAGUCAGCUAUUCAUCGCAAGAUGCAUAAUUAUUAUGUAGACAAAAUUCUGGAUUCUCCAAAAGGCGCUGAAAGAAUGAAAAAGAGAAUUCGAGGGAAGAAUGAAGAUGUUUUAAAAAAGAAGAUAAAACUGUCUAAAAAUAAAGAAAAAAUCAGAUUUGAACAAGAUUAAGAUUAAAAUUUUACACAGCUAUAAGCGAGUUUCCUACUAGCCGGAUAAUCUUGACCCCGGAAAGGUGGUCUACGCUGGAUGCAAUACAUCUGAUUUCAAAUGAUGUAAGGCCUAACCAAAAUUCCACCCUCUUGAAUUUUCUUGAGAAAUUCACCUAAACUAAGCCUAGGCUAGACUUGCCCUCUGUAGGUUGCCCCGAUAGUCCCGAUAGACCAAGACUAUGUGAGAGGCAAAACCAGUCAGCCCAUCUAGAAGGGACAAGAAAAAAUUCGGGGGAGAAAAAAACUCUCUUCUUCGGCAAGGCAUCCUAAGCCCGAAGGCUUACUUCAAAAGGGACGAUGCCUGUUUUCAGAUUCAUCUGGAUGAUCCUACCUGCUCCAUAGGUAGAAAUCAAUUUCCUUCAACGUCACAAUUUUAUAUUUCUGAUUUAAACAAGGAAUUGUAGAAAAAUCAAUUAAAAAUUUAAAAAAUGAAAAAAAAGAGGCGAAGGAGCUCUCAAGAAUUGAAGAGGGUGCAUCAUCAAGCGUGCACACAAAAGAUGCGCUUAGAAAUGAGGAACAAAAAAAAGACACAUAUAUUAUGGGCAAGAUAGAAAUGUAUUGUUCAGGACUUAUCGAAGCAAAUGAUUUGGUCUUAGAUGAUAGUUUAAACGAAGACUGAAGUAUCUUAUUUGAUUAA